UGCCGCAAGCCACGGAACGCCAAAGAGGGGAUAGUUGCCCCGAGUCGCAGCAUCGUAUCACCGUCGGCAGUUUUAGUGCUGAAUUAUUACACGUUCGCAUCGCAUCAUAAUGAGGUCCGUCCCGUUCCUGAUCCUCGGCCUCGUCGUCGCCGUGGCCUGCUCCGGCUCCAGUGCCGAAGACUCCGCCAAGAAGGGGCCAAAAGUCACCCACAAGGUAUGGUUCGAUAUCGAGAUCGGCGGUGAAAAGGCUGGCCGCGUCGAGAUCGGACUCUUCGGCAAGACCGUGCCCAAGACUGUCGAGAACUUUGUCGAGUUGGCCAAGAAACCCGUUGGCGAGGGCUACAAGGGCAGCAAAUUCCACCGAGUCAUCUCCAACUUCAUGAUCCAGGGUGGUGACUUCACCAAGGGUGACGGAACUGGAGGCAGGAGCAUCUACGGUGACCGCUUCGAAGAUGAAAACUUCAAGCUGAACCAUUAUGGAGCUGGAUGGUUGUCGAUGGCCAAUGCUGGUAAAGACACCAAUGGAUCUCAAUUCUUCAUCACUGUUAAACAGACCCCAUGGCUUGACGGAAGACAUGUUGUCUUUGGAAAGAUUGUUAAAGGAAUGGAUGUUGUCAGAAAGAUUGAGAGCACACAAACAGACAGCAGAGAUAAGCCAAAGAAGGAUGUUGUCAUUGCUGAUUGCGGUGCUGAAGUUGUUGCUGAACCUUUCAGCGUUUCUAAAGAUGAUGCCAGAGACUGAAUUAACUAAUCCUAUGGAUUCUAUAACCUUUCUCUCUCUAUCGAGCUACUCUAAUGUUAAUUUUUAUAAAAUGCAUAUGCACAAAAUGUU